AAAAAUAACUUUAUUAAAAGUCUCUGUCUCAAAAUGUAGCUUAGAGAUAUUGAAAGUCGAUAGGUCCUAAUCUCUUCAAGGACAAAAAUUGGCAUUCUGAUAAGUACUGAAUCUCAAAUGUAUUUUCAAGUAAUAAUGAACAAACAGUACUAAUGAUUUAGAAUGUAGGCAAUUCUUUGAUGCAUGUGCAUUAAAACUUAACAAUAAACUUAAUUGAAGUUCAAAAUUAUUCAUUUAACAAAUAUUUAGCUGGAUAUAUGCUAUACACCAACCAUUCUGGGGCUGAAAUGACAAAUAAGACGUGAUCUUUGUUGUCAUGAAGCCUAUAGAUAAUUGGGAGGGGAUACGGGGAACACAGAUCAUAAAGGAGUAAGAAAAUGAAAAUAUCCAGUGGUGAUUAAAUUAAAUUAAAGCAAAAGGUCAGGUUGUCAGGGAAUGAUUCUCUGAAAGGAAUUUGAGUUGCAAUCUAAACAUCAGAAGAAACUAGCCACCUGAAGCCCAGAUAGCAAUGCAUUCCUGGCUGAGGGAACAACACCUGUAGGGGCCCCAGGAGUGGAAUGGGACUAGUGUGUUUGAGAAACGGAAAGCUAUUUGUGGCUAGAGGGUAGUAAGUGAUGAGGGUAUGCAAUUUCUCAUUCAAGUGAGAGAGAAAAUAUUCUUUGAAAGUUAGAUGCAUACAAAAGCCAAAGUGAGAUUUAAAAAAAUUUUCCUAAUAAGUAUACUUACCCACUUUCUGGCGCAGAAACAUCCUUCAGAACCGAUUUUUAACUUUACUGCUUGACUAUUCUUACUCGUUAAGGUUGGGAAGGAUUAUGUGUCCAAAAGUCCAAACUGACCAUUACUUACCACAGAAAAAAAACUGGGAAGAACCCUAAUUUGCAUUUUUCUAUAUGAAGACAGUAGCAAUUCAAAUGCUUGAGGAUGAUGGUGGUGGGAGUGAUAGCAGUGGCCACGAGAGCUAAUAUUUUUACAGUGCUUACGAAGUAUGAGAAACUCUCCUGAGAUUAUUUCAUAGAUUGAUUCAUUUCAUUCUUAAACUGGGAAAUAGGUGCUCUUAUAGUCCCCAUUUAAUAGAUGUGGAAAUUGAGACACAGAUUGAAUGAUUUGCCCAAGGUCAUAUGGGAAGUCAGACUUGUUCAAGGUCACAAACAAGUAGCUGAGCUAGAAUUGAACCCCUAGUUUAUGUGUAUCUGCUUAAAAUAAAGCAAAACUUACUAACAAGUCAUUGGUGAUUCAUUUCCUUUUGCCAUAUGAAAAGUUAAUGAUUAUAAAACGCAGUGGCAUCUAGUCCUUAAUUUUUUCUUUGUGGAAGAUAUCCUUCCUCAAAUACUUAGUAUAUAAAACCUUUUUUAGGUAUUUAACAAAACUUUUUAAGGAGGAAAGAGACUAUAGAUUUUUUUAGUUACAUUGUUCUUUUUAAUAUAAAACAUUUUUAUAGUAAAACAUUUUUCAGGAUUUAGAAUCCUUGGAUCCUAUAAUGUUUUAAUUUUUAAGAGGGCAUACAUGCUUGGGAUCCAACAAAUCGAGCAUUCCUAAAAGCUUAAACAUGUCCUGCAACCCAAAACAAUUCCAGGGAAGCAAAUGCAUGAAGAGUCUGUUGCAUUUUAAAUUAUCUCAGGGUCUCAGUUAGCCACUUAUACUGUAUUAAGAACAAUUUGCUGAAUCCAAACUUCAGUUUCAUAAUCCAUACUUGAUGUUCUUGCACUCAAUUAUAUGGCACAUUUUUAUUAGGAUGCAAUGACAAAAGAUAAAAUAUAUCAAUUAAUAUUUAGAAAUCUAGUGAUCCAAGGUGUAAACUUUCCCAAGUAUAUUGAUCCAAGGUACGGUACCGUGUGUGGAGUACUUGAGGUUAGCACCAAUGCUUACUGUUUAUAUGUCUUGUUGAUAUUAUUCUAUUAAUAUUUUUUAAAAGUUUGAAUAACCUUGUCUGUUUAUUAAUUCUUGACUUCAAGUAAUGUGUAGAAGUAUAUGGAAGGGCAGUGUAGAAUGAGGUAACGUUUUUUGGUUUGUUACCUAUUUUUUGCUGUUUAGUAAUGGCUAUGGUGUGUUAGAUUCUCCUUUUAGUAAAAAUUAAUUACAAAUUGUCUCUUUCUAUAAUCAUUUCCUUUAGAAGGGAGCCCUGAGUGAAUGAUUAGAUUCAUGUGAAUAGAUAAAGGUGGUCAGCUUUUUGUUAAGUGGGGACAAUAUUUAAUGACUCCCUGUGUACGCAUCCUCCAUCUUCAACGAUUACUAACUCGUGGCCAUUUUUGCUUCAUAUAUACUCUUCUUCACUGGAUUAUUAUGAAGCAAAUAGCAGGUAACAUGUCAUUGUCAUUCACAAAUAGGGAAACUACAAAAUGUUAAGUGUUUUAUGUGGUUGCACUUAAUAUUAAUAUAAUAUACUUAAGCUUUUUUGUUGAAAAGUGCUGGAGGGCCUCAUUUGGCACGCACAAUUUAAGGCAGAUGCCCAGGAAAGAUGUGAAAACAGAUGGAAUUUUUAUGUGUUCUUGAUGCUGUGAUCAAACAUGCUGCCAAUCCUUCCUUGUGCUUUCCUGGAUAGAAACACUGAAUCAUCUUUGAUGGUUCCUUGUUUUCCUUCUCCCCUUUCCGAUAUGUCUUCAAACCCUAUUGAUGUUUUUCUUCCUUUAACUGUCUCUUUAAUUCACCUUUAAUUCCAUAUGUCCACUACCGCCAUCUUCCUUCCCUGAUUAUUAUAAGUCCCUUAAGCUAUUUUCUCUGAUUGCAUUUUCUUUUCUGUAGCCAUUCAUCUCCUGGACUGCUCUUUCUAGCUUUCACCGCAUCCCUUUGCGGUAUCUGUAGUGUUUAUUCCACCCCAUUUAAAUUCCUUUUUCUGAUAUUCACUCUCCUCCAUAAGCUGAACUUGUCAUAACCUCAAUUUUUUUUUUUUAAUUUACCAACAUAAACCUUUUAGGCUGCUCUCCUGAAUAUCCUUCAUAUGUGCUGGGCCACUCUCAUUCCUGCCUUUCUGCUUUGAUGUACACUCUGCCCGGUUUGUAAAUCUGUCCCUGUCUUCUUUGAUCGAUUGCCUACCUUUGACUAAAAGUCCAGCUUGCUUUCUUCCUCUUCUGUUGAGUCCUCUUUGAUGACUCUAGGCCUGUACUGAUCUUUCCCUUUCAGAAUUUUCAUGAGUGUGACCACUCAGUGCCAUGAAAAUGGACUCUUUGCACUUAUUUUUUUGUAUUAUUCCAAAUUCUUGGGGAUUUACAUUUCUAAAGUGGAUAAAUAUCUUCUUGGGUACAGGGAGUUUUCACAACAAUAUUGGCCACAUGGUACGUAUGCCACAUGUAUCUGUUGAUUAAAACUCUUGAAUAUGAUAUAUACGUGGACUGUUUUGACUAACCAUGUAGUUUUAUUAUAAUACACAUUCCCUUGUCUUUUUUUGAGGCUGAUGUCUUUUCUUCCUGUUGUAUUUGCUUUGAAUCAUUGUGCCAGUCAGUAUUCCUUUAGCUUCUGAUAAUGGUGAACCAAGAGGGAGCAGCAGUUUGCACCCGUGUGUCAUCUUUAUCACUGUCAUGAAGAUGCCCCUUGUACUGAGGAGUGGACCCGUGCUUAUGCGUGUUGGGAGUCCUUAGUGGGCCUCCAUAUCCAGGUCAGUACCAAAUUCUACCAGUUCAGGAAGCAGGAAAGGAGAAGGCUCUGAAGUUAAUUAAAACACUUUAAAAAGACUUUUUAAAAUAGUAGUCUCAUUAAAUGAGCAAAAAGCUUUAUGUUUCUUCUGCAGGAACAUGUGUUUAUAAGAAGGAGAAGGAGAGGAAAUGAAAAGGAAGGACAGCUGUACAGAGAGCCAGCUCUUUUAAGAGCCUGUGCUGAUGGAGGUGCCAACCGCUUAUAUGAUACCAUGGAAGGAGAGAGGGAAAGCUUUUUGCCUGAAUUCAUCAAUGGAGACUUUGAUUCUAUUAGGCCUGAAGUUAAAGAAUAUUAUGCCGCCAAGGGAUGUGAGCUUAUUUCAACACCUGACCAAGACCAUACCGACUUUACCAAGUGUCUUGAACUGCUCCAAAAAAAGAUAGAAGAAAAAGACCUACAGGUAGAUGUAAUUGUGACCUUGGGAGGUCUUGGUGGGCGUUUUGACCAAAUUAUGGCAUCUGUGAACACCCUGUUCCAAGCUACUUGCAUCACUCCUGUGCCAAUUAUAAUAAUCCAAGAGGAAUCUCUCAUCUACCUGCUUCAACCAGGAAAGCACAAAAUGCAUGUAGAUACUGGAAUGGAAGGUGAUUGGUGUGGCCUUAUUCCUGUUGGACAGUCUUGCAAUCAUGUUACGACAACAGGCCUAAAGUGGAACCUCAACAUACUAGGUGCUGAGGAUUCAGGCAUAUGUCUGCGCCUCAGGAAGCUUAGACUCCAGGAGCCCCUGCUGUUGACCGUACUGAUUUCACAGUCGACUCAGCCCCUAGGACUAUCAUCAGCUAAGCUUUUCCGGUCCAGUAUGUUUGUUUUCUAACUCAAAUAUGUGGCUUUACAUUUUCCAGUUAAACAUACUCCUGUUGCUUUUGUUUGUUUUUUAUAGAAUAGCUUUAGCAAGACAUAAUUGAC